CUCUAGUACGAAACGAGGCUGUAAACGAGAACUUUGAAAUUCAACGGUCGAUUACGUAGAGAUCUCGCCUCGCGCGACGCACAUGCAUCUUGUCGUUGUUCGAGCAAAGAAACGCUCGCGAUUUUUGGUCUUCUCUCGGUGCCGAGAGCAAGUCGACGCUGUGCAAUAAUAUUCGGACUGAAGAGAAGAAUGGACCAGUGGAUCGCAAAAGCAGGCUAUGAACGGAGGCAAAUCGAGUGGCAGUAAGAUCGCAGAGGAUUGAAAACUGCAGAAGCAUCGUACGCGAAGCACAAGCGCGAAGGAAAAUUGUACAGGAGGCUUUCGGAAGAAGGAGGUGGAAAGGCAGCGCGGCGGAGUUUCAUCGUCGUGUUAAAUCCUCAUCUUCGUCAGUUCGAUAAGUGAGCUCGAACGACUGUGAAUUUUCGCCAGAGAAUAUUAGCGAGAGGAUACUCAUUGGCUUUUCAUUAUUUCUUUUUUUCGUGUGUCAAAAGUCGACUGGAAUUAUUUGGGCACGUGGAAUGGCCGCUCCGAGACAAACGAGACCGCACGGACUGGCUUUCUCGCUCUUCUGUCUCGUCGCCCUCUUCGGCUCGUGUUGCCAGAUGGCACCAGCCGUGGUCGGUGCUACAAGAGGAUGGAACGUAGGAGAGGCCUUAAAGUAUCAACUCGUUAGCACGAUACUGUCCAGGGAAGCAGGAAACCCAAGAGCUGGCGGUGACGUGGGUUUUCAAUUGACCAGCGAUCUAAACGUAGCCGCCGUCUGGCACGAUCCUAAAGAUCCUGCUGUUACGCUACUUCAAAUCCAGCCGGGGAAGCCACAAUUAUGGAUAAAAUCGAGACGCGCCCCGGAGCCGGAGGGUUUCGUCGAGCACAAUUCGCGGCUGGACGAUUUCUCGUUGAAGCCAAUAUUCGGGCUCUGGAGAAACGGGCAAGUGACGAAAAUAUUUUUGGAUCCGGACGAGAGCGUCUCGUCGAAAAACCUGAAGCGCGGUCUCCUCGCGCUCUUUCAGUAUCGCACCCUCGACGGCAAAUAUCGCGAAUACGACACUUCCGGUUGGUGCAACGUGACCUACGUCUCCGCCGGAUCGAACGUAUUGGAAAAAUGGAAAGAUCAUUGCGACGAUACCGGACUGAAGGCUAAAGACGAACAUCCGAACCCCAUUCUGGCCGUCGAUCUCGUCAGCACCAGACGCACGACGUACCUGCUGAAUCCUCGCCUCGUACCCGCUCGUGUCGACGAGUACGAACAACACGAAGCCACCCUCAAAGCCAACAAGGCAAUCGGCACUACCGUUACCUCGCGAAGAACUCUCACCGAAAUAUCGUCCUCCAACACCGACCUCAAAAACCUCCAAGCACAAACAGCCCAACAAGCCAUUGCUCACCUUCAACCGGGCUACAAAGAAGUCUCGAUGGACUUACAAAUCGAACCGGUCGCGUGCCCCGACUCUGGAUGCCGAACGCUGAAAGAGUUGAUCGAGGAGAAUCGGGAAGCUCUGGACGAGGCGGCAUUGGGAACGGCGAAGUCGGCCUCGGCGUUUCUGAAGCUGAUACCAGCAGUUCGCGAGGCGUCGGUUGAGGAGCUGACAAAAUUAUUGAAGAGUCCGAAGAACAGUGGGAUAAAGACCCAAUUUUUGGAUGUUUUGGGUUCGGCGUCAACGCCGGUUGCUCAUCAGGCAGCGAUGAAGGUGCUUCGGCAAGACGAGACCGGGGACGAAACGGAGAGGUAUCUGUGGGGACUGUCGAUGUCGCCGUUGCCGAAUCCGGAGAUAAUAAAGGACGUGAUGAAGCGCUCCGAGGAAACGAUGCAAAACGAGAAAGUAUCGGAGACGUUGGCGUUAACGGCAGCGGCGAUGGCGCGGAAAAACGGUGUGGCCAGCGUCGUGGAAAAAGUACGUUCGAGUUUGGAGUUAGGUCUGGAAAGCUGCAGCGGUGAGGAGUGUCGUUUGAAGUUUUUGCGGGCGCUGAGAAACCUCGGUACGAAAGCCUCGAUACCAAUAUUGUUGGAUUACGCGAUGGGGAGGACGCGCUCGACGAGCGUGGCCGCGUGGCGGGCUUUAUCGGUGAUAAGUAGGAAACACUUGACCGAUGAAAUACGGAGUGCGGCUGCGAGGACUUUUUACCAGUACGGUGGACCGCGGCGGGACAGCAGUGCGCGUACGCUCGCUGUCGAUAUAAUCCUCGAAAACCAACCGACGGUAAGGGAGUUGCGAGGGAUCUUGGAAUAUCUUGGCAGUCGGGAUCCGAUGUUCGAAGUGCGCCGGUACGUCAGUCAACGGGUCGAACAACUGGCGCUGGAAGAUUCGAGCUUCCGCAAGAAUUUGGAGGAGGCUGCUGUCGCCGGGGUGAAGAAAGACCGGAACUGGAACGUUUUGGCUCACCGGGGUCUGAGCACGGCGUUUACGAGAUCGUUUCUAAACUCGACGAGCAGCAACGGCAGUUUGGUAACGAUCCAGGAGGUUAAUUCGGGUUUGUUGAAACGAGGGGUCGUUGACGUCGUGAUGAAGACUCCGGAGCACGAGGAAGCGCUCUUUUCUUUAGGUUUGUUCGCCGGAGGCCUCGGCAGUUUCGUCUCAUCGUCAAGCCCCGAAGAAGACCAAUCGGAGAACCCCGAGGAGGACGAAGCUGCCACAGCGGGAAUGGAAAUCUCGCUCCUCGGCGUCGGGGUCCGGCCGUUCGUCUUCUUCUCGGGCCAGGGCGAAUUGAUGGGCCACGUUUGGUCCGGCACCGCCUCGGAGAAGACGCCGGCGUAUCAAGCCCUCGCGAACCUCCACCGGCACAGCGAAUACGUGCCCCUGGCGAGCGGCUACCUCGCCGAGCUCGAAGUCGAAGGCGCCCUGAGCUUCAACCUCGGUGGCCACGUGCAGCUCAGUCUUUGGUCCAGAUCGGCUCAAUCCUCCGUAGAAAUGGCCGCGGGUAUUGCUGUCCGCGGAGAAUCUCGAGUUCGUACCGAAUUCGUACAAAGUUCAGCCGAAUUCGCUCUGACGAUUGAGCCCAAACUCGAGUUAACGACGGAUCUUGAUUUUUCGGGGCCCAUCUCGCUGUGCAUGAGGUUGGGACAACCGGAAACCAACGUGCGACACAACGUUUACAAAAUUGAAAGGAUACCCGGGAGCAGGCAUCGAUUGAGGAAAACUAAACGUUCCGUUUUACUCUCCCCAGCCAAAUCGUACCUCCUCAAUCGAAAGAACAACGAAAUGUGCUCGAAAGUUCAUAGUUAGAAUCCAACGGAAUCAACUGCGGAGGAAAACGUUGAGAGUUCGUCGAAAGUGUUUUGUUUCUGGCUUUUCUCGAUUGAACAUUCUGAGACAAUCUAAUCGUCCGAUUGAACAACGAAUGACGAUAUUUCACGACCAUCUGAUUUGCCAUUAAAACUUCUACAAUGGUCUGUCCGAACUCGAUAAGGAAAAAGGCCGCAAUUAAUGCACAAAGACUUGUCAAUAUAUUUAUUAUGUAUAAAUACCUUUUUUAAUGUAAACUAAAACGACCGAGUGAUCUUACUCGUUUGCCGAGUCUCGGCGAACCCAAUCGAACUCGUUAACACGCAUCGUGCUCAUUUACAAUUCUUAAUCUAAUUCGUAAAGAAAAAACAAAACAAACGAAUUAAAGUCAUACGAAUAGUCGUAUUUCUCGUUGUAUUUUUCGUACCAUAUACGCACAUCACGGAGUUAUUAGCAACGUUGCCAAUUUCCACCUGAUCGAUUAAACAUCACUUUAGCGUGUAUCGUUGACACGAGAAUAUGACGAACCUGCUCUGUAGAUACGCCUUUUUAUUCUUGUCUAUAAAUUUUCUUUUGUAAUGUUGGUAAUAAUAAAAUAUUGUGACGAUUCUA